AUCAACAACUAAGUUAGCUUGUCGGCUAGCUGGGAACUUCUGACAUGGCGUCGUCAGUGGCGACAGAACCAGCGUUAUGCCCAGGUUCAGCACCAGCCGCAGAGUCCAUAGUGCCGGCUUGUAUGUUUGCUCCGGACCGGGGAUGUGCCGAGGAUCCAUCCGGCGGAGAGGGCUUUGAAGACGGCGAGGGUACAAACGGAGAGUCCGCGGAUCAUUUAGAUUUAAGCAGCAAGCUGGUCCUUGUGAGUCCAACGGGGGAACAGUAUGAUUCAUUACUACGACAUUUAAGGGAGCGGAUAGACGAAGGCUGCGGAGAGACAAUCUAUGUUGUUGGCAUGGGCUCAGAUGGAGGUGACUAUGGUCUGGAUGAGAAGGACAUGGAGGCAUCGGUAGCAACCGUGCGCUCGCUGUGUGAACAGAUUGAGGCUGACCUAAUCCUGCUGAGAGAAAGGACUGACACUGGCGGAAAGAUCCGGGACUACCUCAUCCGCCGGCGCGUGGGCGAGCAGGAUUUCCUGGAAGUCAGAGUGGCAGUUGUGGGGAAUGUAGACGCUGGAAAGAGCACCCUGCUGGGGGUGUUGACCCACGGCGAGCUGGACAACGGCAGAGGUUUCGCUCGCCAGAAGCUCUUCAGACACAAACAUGAAAUGGAAAGCGGCAGGACGAGCAGCGUGGGCAAUGAUAUCCUGGGCUUUGACCAGGAAGGACAGGUGGUAAACAAGCCAGACAGCCAUGGGGGAGGCCUCGAUUGGACCAAGAUCUGUGAGAAAUCCUCAAAGGUCAUCACCUUCAUUGACUUGGCUGGCCAUGAGAAAUAUCUGAAGACCACGGUCUUCGGCAUGACCGGACACUUACCGGAUUUCUGCAUGCUCAUGGUCGGCAGUAACGCUGGCAUCGUUGGCAUGACCAAAGAGCAUCUGGGUCUGGCCUUGGCCCUGAAUGUGCCAGUGUUCGUAGUGGUUACCAAGAUAGACAUGUGUCCAGCUAACAUCCUGCAAGAGACGCUAAAAUUAUUACAACGGUUAUUAAAGUCACCGGGCUGCAGGAAAAUCCCAGUUCUUGUCCAAAACAAGGAUGAUGUCAUCGUCACAGCCUCCAACUUCAGCUCGGAGAGGAUGUGUCCAAUUUUCCAGAUCUCAAAUGUGACGGGGGAGAACAUGGACCUGUUGAAGAUGUUCUUGAACCUGCUCUCCUCUAGGACCACCUUUAGCAACGACGAGCCUGCGGAGUUCCAAAUAGACGACACAUACUCAGUACCGGGUGUGGGCACAGUAGUUUCAGGCACUACGUUACGGGGAAUGAUACGACUCAACGACACGCUGCUCUUAGGCCCGGAUCCCCUCGGGACCUUCAUCCCCAUCGCCGUCAAGUCCAUCCACCGCAAGAGGAUGCCUGUCAGGGAGGUUCGCGGCGGACAGACGGCAUCCUUUGCCCUCAAAAAGAUCAAACGAUCAUCUAUAAGGAAAGGAAUGGUGAUGGUUUCCCCAAAGUUGAUGCCACAGGCCACCUGGGAAUUUGAGGCGGAGAUUUUGGUGCUACACCAUCCGACCACGAUAUCCCCGAGAUACCAGGCCAUGGUCCACUGUGGCAGCAUCAGGCAGACAGCCACGAUCCUGACGAUGAACAAAGACUGUCUGAGGACAGGGGACAAGGCCACAGUCCACUUCCGCUUCAUCAAGACCCCCGAGUACCUGCACUGUGACCAGAAGCUGGUGUUCAGGGAAGGACGUACUAAAGCUGUCGGCACCAUCACCAAGCUUCUCCAAGCGGUGAACACUCUGGCUGCUAAGGCCCAGCAGUCCAAGAGUCAGGCCAGUAAGAAGACUUCUAAAGAGGCCACAACAGCCAGUGAGGAGGCUGGAUCGACAGCACGGCCGCCUAGUCCCAACACAGCACAGUUACCACUUAAGUCGGGAGGUGGAGGACGCAGGAGAGGCGGUCAGAGACAUCGAGGGAAAGGCCUGAACGCUGCGACAAUCUCUACAGCCGUGCCCGCGGGAGCAGCAGGAACCGCCUGAAAGCACAACCUCAGCCCGUUAUCAUCCUCUCUCUGCAGGGAGGAACAGUGACUGCGCUGCCCUGCUGGUUGUCUGUCCCGUCAACACGUGUCUUUAACAUAAAAUGAUUAACAAUUUUGAAUCGGGAGCGAAUAAUUUUUCACCCUGAGUCAGUUUACAGCAUUAUUGGUGUAAUUACUGGUGGGCUGCAGAGGAGGGUUGUUUCGAUUUGGUUUGAGUUUUACUUGCAUUAACAAUUUUUUGCAAUUUGUAGGUUACAUUAUAUGCGACGCUUUCUAUUUUAAUACAAAUGUUUCAGGGGUGUUCAUCUUGUUUGUAGUUCAUCAGAACUUCCAGCAGAGGCAUCAGUCACUUUCCCGGCCCCUGUCUUCAGCAUUUUGUUUUCUUCCUAUUCAUAAACUUCUUUUCCUGAUUCCUUACAUGUUCUCCUCCACCUGACUGUCAUUAACACGCCGAAAUUCAGUUGUUUUAAAAGCUCCUCGUCACGGACACUGGCAGUAUAAAUUUGGACAUUUUGGAAUCGAUUGAACUGAAAGGGAAUGCCUCUAAAAAAAGCACGGAUCGGAUGGAGCUGGUAUGUUUGUUCACUCCACCACUGGUUCUGGGUGGCAGCUGCAGUGGUUCCCCUGCCGAAGGUCUUUUUGAUACGAUAGAAAUGGUGUUGAUUAUGUAAAUGUUGUGGCCAUUUAACAGAACAAGUUCUGUUCUCGCCGUGAAGUUGUUACGACUCACUUGUCAUGAAGUACCCGAAGAACACAACAGUUUCUGUAAUCCUGCAAAAGAAAGGUCAUUUUAUUGAUUUUAUACUGAACUGUUUCUCUAAGAGUUCCUGUUUUACUACAUCGGGUUCAUGCAGCCAACUGAGAAAAGCUCUGAACAGUCCUUCCUUUUUUUUCUUUUUUUUUCUCUCCCCCUCACACAAGUACUGUCUAGCGGCCAAGUGGCUUUUGUCGUGUUUUAAUCGGGUUCAGGUCCUUUUGAACUUGUUUACUCUGUUUACUGGGAAAGAAGCCAAGCAGGCAGAGAGCGCUGAGCACAGUUCUUCCAUUUAAUCCAGUGCGAUAACCAAAUAAUCCAAAAGCUGAAUGCACAAAAAAACAUUGCCUACUAUUUUGAUAAAUUAAAAAAGUCACAUGUUAUCAAAAAGCCAAGAAAGAACAGGAAGUUUGGUUGCACUUUUACAAUUUUAAAGCAACAAAUUCCUUUCAUAUGACCAGAGAUUUAAUAUUUUUUCUACGGAUGUUUCUAUACGAUUCAGUUUUUGCUCAACACUAACACGACCUGGCCAGUUAAUACUGCAGAUCAUCUCAUAACAUAAACCAACGAUCACAUCAAACUAAUGCGAGCUACAGAAAACCUUAUGUUAGCUACAUGUUGGUUUUAUCGAGUUGUUUUUUUCUUCCAGUCUCACAUUCAAAACCCACGAACGCUGGUCCGUCUCUUUAGGGCUACACCCAUUUUCAUCCCAAGGAUCCUAAAACUGAACUGCCAAAAUAUUUCUCCCCCCUCCUCCCUUUCAACUUUACCAAUCGUGCAUGGGUUUAUUUUUGAAGAGACAUGCUCUGUGUGUAUAUACAAACAUGCAAGUUGUGCAGAAGAACUAAAAAAAAGAAGAAGAUGCCAUUUAAAUUAAGUGGUGCCAGUUUGUGUUGUAAAUCCUUUUAAAUAAAGAUGUUCUAGAAAAC